UGCGCCGCCGCCCAUCAGCUGAGAGUUGCAGCUGGGGGCUGUGGGGUCCCGGGGUGACAGCGGCCGCUGGAGGAGGAGGAAGCCGAAGUGGUCAGGGUGACUGCUGUGAAAUCUGCACAGCCCACCAACAGCUGAUGAAAUUAGUGAAUCAGCCAUGUCUUACACUCCAGGAAUCGUUGGGGACCCCUCCCAGCUGGCCCAGCGCAUCUCAUCCAACAUCCAGAAGAUCACACAGUGUUCUGUGGAAAUACAAAGGAGCCUGAAUCAACUUGGAACACCUCAAGAUUCUGCUGAAUUGAGGCAACAGCUGCAACAGAAGCAGCAGUAUACUAACCAACUUGCCAAAGAAACUGAUAAGUACAUUAAAGAAUUUGGAUCGCUGCCUACCACUCCCAGUGAACAGCGUCAGAGGAAAAUACAGAAGGAUCGCUUAGUGGCUGAAUUCACGACAUCACUGACAAACUUUCAGAAGGUCCAGAGGCAAGCUGCUGAGAGAGAGAAAGAGUUUGUUGCUCGUGUAAGAGCCAGUUCCAGAGUGUCUGGUGGUUUUCCUGAGGACAGUUCAAAAGAAAGGAAUCUUGUAUCCUGGGAAAGCCAAACCCAGCCUCAAGUGCAGGUGCAGGAUGAGGAAAUCACAGAGGAUGAUCUCCGCCUUAUUCAUGAGAGAGAGUCUUCUAUCAGGCAACUUGAAGCUGAUAUUAUGGAUAUUAAUGAAAUAUUUAAAGACUUGGGAAUGAUGAUUCAUGAACAAGGAGAUGUGAUAGACAGCAUAGAAGCCAAUGUAGAAAACGCAGAGGUGCAUGUUCAACAAGCAAAUCAGCAGCUGUCAAGGGCAGCAGAUUAUCAGCGCAAAUCCAGAAAAACCCUGUGCAUCAUCAUUUUAAUCCUCGUCAUUGGAGCUUUCAUUGUUGGUCUCCUUAUAUGGAAGCUGAGCAGCUGAAGUUAUCAAGGAGAAUACUAUUGCACUACAUUGUCUAUCACAUGGGGAGACUCCUGUAACCACUUUUUUUUUCCCAAAGCUGUUGCAUAAAGGAGGGUUCCCAUACUUUUUGUUAUUUUUAUGGAGGGCUUGGGGGUAGGGGGAGUUUCCUUUGAAUUAAAUCUGGUAUUUUCUAAUAAUGAAAGUUUUUCUAAAUAUUGCUGGCAUAACUCUCAUGGUUUUCAAUUUAAUAACUGUUAGGUUUUUGCCCACAAUGUAUAGGCAUUUCAUUUAUAAUUUAUUUACCCUAUUUGAUUUAGUUUUUGGAAUUCGUCAGUUUAAAGCUGUGUGUGUCCUGUGUGCAUCUCUCUGUUACUCGGUAACAUGUGCCCAAAUCUGUACCAAAAUCUGUAACGUUAGUUCUGGUCUGGUUCACAAACAGCACAAAUGAUCUCUUUCACUUUUACUGUUUGUUUUCUUUUGAGACCCUUGUUUACUCUGAAUGAAAUCAGUGAAAAAUAUCCUAUUAUAUCUCAUACUCCUGAUAUGUAUAUACUAAGCAUUUGCUGUAGAUUGUCUAGUAAAAAUACUAAGGAUAGAUUGUUUUUACAUAUGGUCUAUUUAAGUGUGAUGUUUACAGAGAAAGUAUUGUUACUAUGAAUGUUUAAUGUAACGUGGAGGAAGAGUAUGAAAUAUCAAUACCAACAUUUAUUCUGUUUCAGUUCUGAAGAUCCCCACUUGUUACUCCACUAAACUCUCUUAAUAAUACCAUCUGGCUUUGCAGGCUAUUAUUUACCUUCCAUUGGGACCUAUAAGAUAAUGAUUACUUGUGAAUCUGUGGGUCAGAAUUACUUUUGGGAAACAGCUUUCCCACAAUUACUGGUUUUGACCACCUAAUUAUUUAGAAUUUAGUGUUUGUUGUGUGUCAUUUUGUACCAUCUUUCCUUAGAAAAGAAAUUGGAUGUUUGCCGAUUUCCUUGCCUUUGAAAAUCAAUGUUGUUUUAACUAAUCUGAAUACUGUAAAGAAGGUAAUCUUAGUUUCUAGUUUGUAUUUUAUAAGGUUCUAAUAUAGCAGGUUCAUAGUAGAGGCAGUGUUUAACACAGCAAGCUGACACUUCAAAUGGGAACAUAUGAAACCCUAAGAAAGUUAAUUGUGUCUUUGCAACCACAAUAAAAGUGAUUUGAAAGGUG